AUGAGCUCAGGGGCUGCCCCGCGGCUGCGGCGGCUCCAGGGACACCUGGAGGUAAGGGGCAGCAGCAUGGAGCCCCACAGCAGCCCGCUGACCACACACGUGCUAGACACUGCCUCUGGGAAGCCAGCCCAGGGCCUCCACCUAUGUCUCUACAGGCUGGAGGGCCCAGGCCAGCAGUGGAUGGAGCUAAGGAAAAGCUACACAGAUGCUGAUGGCCGCUGCCCUGGGCUUCUGGAGCCAGGCCAGAUGAAUGGGGGCACCUACAAGCUGUCUUUCAACACCGAGGGUUACUGGAGAACGAGGGGGCAGGAGAGCUUCUACCCCUACGUGGAGGUGGUCUUCACUGUCACCAAUGACAUGCAAAGGUUCCAUGUGCCCCUGCUCCUGAGUCCAUGGUCCUAUACCACCUACCGAGGGAGCUAG